UGCUGACGACAUACUUAUCCUCUUAUCAUAUGUUUUGAAUGUGGAUGGCUGCUUGUUGUUUGUUGUGUCAGUGAGUGAUUGUAAAAAUGGUUUUAUUGAAUCAAUAUAUAAGUCUUUUAAAUGCUACGUAUCUUUCAUUUCAAUUUCAAUGUUGUGAUACUUACUGCACAUUCCCGGGGGAGACGUGCGAUAGGAGUAGGGCGGAAUUCUGUGUGUGUAAGGCAUGUUUCUGCCAAAACGAUUCCACAUUUCUGCAAGAGGAAGCAAGACUGCCAAGAGAAUGUAGAGCUCAUUGUAGCAUUGAAAGGUUUCGGAAACAUGCACUUGAAGAUGACGCAGAAGCUGGUGAUAAAGAAGACAAUAAUACUGGAACAACCGAGGAACCAAAAGAUUGUGUAUUGAUAACCACACUUGGUAUUGCAAGCUUCUGUGGUAAUGUAAUUGGCCUAGUAAUCGGUAUGGCACUUGGUAUCCGACAUUGUCACCAUGACUGCUCUCUGAAGAGGCAUAACAAACAAACACAGAAACAAGCAGAGACUGAAAGUUUCAUUGGGAGAAAAGACAGUGGGAUAAUUGACGAAAGCGGAGAUGAGUCUGUAAUAGGAACGACUUUAGUAGAGUUUAACACUAGAAGAAUUCUCACAAAUGCAGUAACAGAUGACAUCAAUCGUCCAUCAAAGGUUCUCAUAUCUGGCAAGCGACAUGACUUGGACGACAGCUCUCACUCUCAGCCUAUUGAACAGGGUCGACAAGAAAUACCACAAGAAACUCACGUGGUUAAAAUGGUCAACAACGUACCAACUGAAACCAUUCAAAACCAAUGACACUGACCAGCAGAGCUAUUUCGAUGUAUAUUUUUGUAUCGUCUGCUCCCUUAUAUAGAUGCUUUACAUGUUCACAUUUAAUGGAAAAUUUAACGCUUGUGUUUUUUUUUUAUUAUUAUGCUUAGUUAGUUAGUAUGUAUAUCAUUCUAGUAUAUAUUUGUUUUAUUUUGAAAAUCAGUUAAAACUGAAAUACUGGAGGGUAAAUAUAAGAAUCUUGUUUAUAAAAAGUCACAAACCAUAACUGUGUUCAAAUAAUUUCAUUGAUCUCUUUUUUUUAGAUACAUUUAAAAUGUUUAGGUUUUGUUAUGAAAGUAUAUAUGCAAAUGAUUUUCUUGAUUCAACAGAAGGAAUUUUGGUAACAAAUGUAUUUUUUCUCUCUUUUCACAAAUGUUUUAUCUAGAAAUUCAUUAUAAAGUUUAUAUAAAUUGUGGCCAGUAUUAACAAUGAGAAAGGGAGAAAACGCUCUUUUAAAAAAUGAUUUAUUUCAUUCGUCUUUUAAAAGUUUAAAAACUUAUUUUUUGCUGUUGUAAAAAUGUACUUGUAGAUUCUAUUUUUAAUAUCACUUGCUCAACAGAAGAAAAUAUCUUUUACUGGAGACUGAAAAUAAAUGUGUAUAUGUAUUAUCAGGCGACAAAUUAGUUGAUUUUAUUCAACUGUGUUCAAAGGGAGGCAAAUCUAGCAAAGAUCUGCCUGUGGCUUGUGUAGUCAGUAUUUUACACAGAUGCCUGGACAUCAGGGAACUCAUGUAUUUUAUUCUUUAGUCUUUUACUCUUUUAAAAACAAUAGGAUACAUUUUCAGUUUAUCAUGAAGUCUAAGGGACGACAUCAAAAGAUCAAUGUAACAUCAAAAAACUUAAUUCAAAUAGUGUGUGUGUGGG